GCUUCGGAACUCAGCUCGGACUGCACGUGCGCACACCGCUGCCCGCCGGAAGAAUCGAGCCUGGCUGUGUUUAUCUCGUUGGAGACCAAGUCGUCGGUUGGCGCUCAACGGGUUCCAGGCUGCCCGCGGCCCCGCCCCGGCCCGGCCUGACAAGGUAGCAGAGGCAGCAGGCCGUGCCGGGGGGGCAUGUUGCUGUAACCAGUGGCCCAGGGCAUGUUACGGUGGACAGUGCACCUGGAGGGCGGGCCCCGCAGGGUGAACCAUGCUGCAGUGGCUGUUGGGCACCGGGUAUUCUCCUUCGGGGGUUACUGCUCUGGUGAAGACUACGAAACGCUGCGUCAGAUUGAUGUGCACAUUUUCAAUGCAGUGUCCUUGCGCUGGACAAAGCUGCCCCCGGUGAGACCCACCAUCCGUGGGCAGCCUCCUGUGGUACCAUACAUGCGGUAUGGACACUCAACCGUCCUCAUCGAUGAUACGGUCUUCCUUUGGGGCGGGCGGAAUGACACGGAAGGAGCCUGCAAUGUGCUCUACGCCUUUGACGUCAAUACUCACAAGUGGUCCACGCCCCGAGUGUUAGGAACAAUUCCUGGGGCCCGGGAUGGACAUUCGGCUUGUGUCUUGGGCAAGACCAUGUACAUUUUUGGGGGCUACGAGCAACUGGCGGACUGCUUUUCCAAUGACAUUCACAAGCUGGAUACCAGCACCAUGACAUGGACCCUUAUCUGUACAAAGGGCAAUCCUGCACGCUGGAGGGACUUCCACUCAGCCACAAUGCUGGGCAGUCACAUGUAUGUCUUUGGGGGUCGCGCUGACCGAUUUGGGCCGUUCCAUUCCAACAAUGAGAUUUACUGCAACCGCAUCCGAGUCUUUGACACCAGGACUGAGGCCUGGCUGGACUGUCCAGCCACUCCGGUGCUGCCCGAGGGGCGCCGGAGCCACUCAGCAUUUGGCUACAAUGGGGAGCUGUACAUUUUUGGUGGCUAUAAUGCAAGGCUGAACCGGCACUUCCAUGACCUGUGGAAAUUUAACCCUGUGUCCUUUACCUGGAAAAAGAUUGAACCGAAGGGAAAGGGGCCAUGUCCACGCCGGCGCCAGUGCUGCUGUAUUGUUGGUGACAAAAUUGUCCUCUUUGGGGGUACCAGUCCAUCUCCUGAGGAAGGCCUGGGAGAUGAGUUUGACCUCAUAGAUCAUUCUGACUUACACAUUUUGGACUUUAACACAUCUGACGUGUCAUUUGAGGAGCUGUUGGAAUUGCAGAGCCAAGUGGGGACUAAGACAUACAAACAAUUGGUAGCUGGAAGCAGCACUAAGAAGCAAGGCUCUAGACCACCUGUCCAAAAUGCAUGUGUUGCAGAUAAGCACAGGCCUCUGGAAAUGUCAGCCAAGGUCCGGGUGCCAUUUUUGCGUCAAGUCGUCCCCAUCAGUAAGAAGGUAGCCCGGGACCCCCGCUUUGACGAUUUGUCGGGGGAAUAUAAUCCUGAAGUGUUUGACAAAACGUAUCAAUUCCUGAAUGACAUCCGAGCCAAAGAGAAACAGCUUGUGAAAAAGCAGUUGAAGAAGCACCGUUCAGGGGAGAAGCAUGAGAAGCUGCAGCAGCUGCUUCAGCGAAUGGAGCAGCAAGAAAUGGCACAGCAGGAACGAAAGCGGCAGCAGGAGCUGCGCCUGGCUCUGAAGCAGGAGCGGCGGGCUCAGGCCCAGCAGGGCCAUCGUCCAUACUUCCUGAAGAAAUCUGAACAGCGCCAGUUGGUCCUAGCUGAGAAGUUCAAGGAGCUGAAACGCAGCAAGAAGCUAGACAGCUUCUUGAGUCGAAAAAGGCGCCGAAACGCAGGCAAAGACAGGCGACAUCUCCCUUUGAAUAAAGACUAGUAAGGAACUGACCUCAGCUCUGCCACUGCCCCAGUGAGAAAUGGAUCUGUGGGGACAGACUCGGGCUUGGCCUCUUCUGGAUCUUUACCGUUCAAGGACAAGGAUCACAACUGCCCUUGAACUAGAUUGUCUCAGUGAUGACUAGAGGGUUCUUGGGCUGCCCCAGGGAUGGACAAGAACAGCUCAGCCUUCUGCCAUGCCACACUCCUCUGCUUGGAUCUGGUUCAUCAUGUACUCGUGUCCUCCCAUCCUUGCCUUAAACUAAGGAUGGGGAACCUUUUUUCUGCUAAGGGCCAUUUGUAUAUUUAUAACAUCAUUCGUGGGCCGUACAGUAUUAUCAAUUUAAAAAUUAGCUGCCAUAUUUAAUCAAACAUUUAAUUUUUUAAAACUCACCCCUAAUGCCUUGGCAGGGCCAGACCAAAUGAUGCCAUGGGCCUUAUCUGGCCCACAGGCCAGACAUUCCUCAUUGCUGUGAAAUCAAUGAUUCUGACAGAGAAGAAAAGGGGUCAGGGACCUUAAGGUUAGUGAAGGCCAUAGAGUCUGUUGACGGCUCCCAGGACUGGGACUUUAUGUAGGAGCCAGUUAAUAAACAUUCUUGUCACUCAA